UGAUGGUAGAUCAAACGGCAAGCCAAAAAAACUUAGGAUAAAACCUAAAGAGCACAUUGCUUUUCUCUGUCGUUCGGUCGUUCGUCUCCCCGCUAGAGCUCCAGAUUGGCGAACUCGACGACAAGGCCAGUGUAGUUCCGCUGCCGUUCGUUCGCGUGUGCAGUUUAGUCACCUUUGCCGGCAGCAUGUUCGUUCGCUCGAUCGCGGUUGAUCUUUGGGAUAGAGAAAUAUUGAAAAAAAAAUUAUGAAUGUUCAAGAUAAAGAGAAAACCACCUUUAAAUUGCUUUGAAGGAUGGAUAAGCUGUUGGAAUUUGGUAGAAGAGCUUGGUUUAUUGUUAGAGUUAUUUCUGGAUAUGAGGAAAGAAGAAUUAGGUCCUACAGGCUGGACCUUCAAAGACGCAUUGAAAAGGCUCAAGCAAGAAAGACUGAAUUGAAAAGACUUCCUGAGCAAGCCAUACUUGCAGAAGUCCGUCGCAUGGUUGAGGAGAUGCAAGGCCUGAAUCGGCGGCUAGAAGAAACAGAAGCUGCAAUCGAGGAGUACUUCAAGCCCAUAGACAAAAACGCUGAGAUCAUCAUGAAUUUGCAACUUGAGAAAGAGGAAAACCAAAUGAAAGAGAUGAUGAAAGCCAUGCAUGAACAGUCUAUGCUACAGAGAACAGCGGCAAUCGAACGUUCAGAAUCCAAAGAUUCAGGUGUUGUGCAGCCCACCCAAUCAAAUGCAUCCAGCUCUUCACAACUUGAUCAAACCAAAUGAAUUUUUUCUCACAAUCAGACUUUAGAAAGUUUUGAUUUUAGCAAUUACUUCAUUUGAUUUUGACAGUCAGAGACUUGAUUAUUGCAAUUUCUUCAGGUUGUAUCAACCUAACGAAUUUAUAUAGUAUUGGAUACUAUUCGUUUUAUUGAUGAAUAAAAUGUUCAGAAAGCCGACUGUGAUCAGAAA